CUACACUGGAAAGUUCAAAACCUUCCAGUUGUUUACAAUUUGUAUGAAUAUUAAAUCCAUAAAUUAAUUAAAAUUAAGCAGGUUCUAGUAAUAUUAUUGGAAAAAGAACUACGAAAAGUUAUACCUGAUUACUUCAAUAUCUAGGAUAUAUAAAAUUUCACGUUCAAAAGAGCUUAUUUCAUUUUUAAAUAUAAAACCGGCAACAACCGAUCAAACAGACUAAAUCAUGAAAGAAAACAUCCAAAAGCUGCUCUAUACAGUCGUCACAAGCCAAGCUAUAUCCAGUAGUGGACGAUUCUUAUAUGCCUGUAGCACUUUUGGCGAUAUUGCAAGCUAUAACAUUGAGAAAAUCACAUCCUGCAUUGAGAAUGUGAACAAUGAGGACAUAUCUGAUCCAAUUUCUGUAUUCAAAUAUCCAGAUUCGCCAAUUUCAAUGAGUGUUCAUCGAGAGUUUCUGAUUAUUGGAAGUAAGAAUGGAUUAAUCACAGGCUAUAAAACAUCGUCUGGAAUAAUACAACAUAAAUCGUGGAAUAUACAGCUACAAUUGUCUCCUGAAAAGAUUGAUAUAAGUGAAGUAAGCGAUUUAUGGGUUGACAGUGAAAAAGAGUUGCUUUAUGCUGCAUGUGGAUCUGACAUCUUUCAAUGCUCCCUUGAUAAUGGAACAGUAUUGAAUAAAUUUGAAGGGCAUGAAGAUUUUAUUCAAUCAAUUCAAGGAUGUGAACAAAAUUUUGUAACUGCCUCUUCGGACGGAACUGUAAAGCUAUGGGAUAGUAGGACAAAAAAGGCAACAUUCUCAAUAAAACCUUCAGAAAAUAAAGAAAUAAGCAGAAAUCAGUUUGGUAAUUGGAUGGGGAGUGCGAGUAUUUCCAAGUCAUGGCUAUCAUGUGGUGGCGGUCCUAAACUUGCUGUUUUUCAUCUCAACCAAAUUACAAAGCAACCAUUUCAAGUUUUUGACUAUCCAAGUACAAUUCACGUGACAGAUUUUGUGGAUCUUGAUAACUUGCUUGUGGCUGGUGGAUCCAAUAAAAUGAUUCAGUAUUCAUUAAAUGGAAAUAUGAUUUCGGACAUAGAGACUUCGGGUCCAGCAGUAUACUCAGUAGUUUGGUACAAAAACCAACAAUAUAAGUUUCUUAGUGCAGGCGGUGCAAGUAAUAACAUUGAUGUUUCUAUAAACUUAACAUACAAAGAUGCGACACUUAAUUUUUAUAAAAAGACUUAAUGCAGAUAAUAUAAUUAAAGUUUUAUUCUCAUUUUUGGUUACACAAUAAAAUUAAAAAAAAAAUGAAAAGUAAGAAGAUACAGAAAGUCAGUUCCUACAAGAAUUCAGUUGCAACCGAACUUGGAAUAUAACAUUCACUUCCAUCUUUAUUUUUAAUGAAAUACCAUAUUUUAUCUUCAUAUUCUUUACAUGCAAGCAACCUUACAACAUCACCCUUCUUUACUAUUGUCAAAUCGGACGUAAAAUCAGCUGUAAUUGCUAAUAAAAUUUUCCUCUUUGAACUC